UCAAGAAUGGAGGCGUGUGUGAGAGAAAUGUAAGGUAAAUGCGGAGAAUGAAUACACCGAAUAUCUAAGAGAAGAAACGGGGUCACUAAAGGAGGAGAGAGGAGGACGCUGGGAAGUCAUAUCGUCGACUUUCACCCCCCCCCCUCCCUUGACUCCAAUGACUAUCUCCGGGGUGGGUCUAACCCAAAAAACCCGUCAGCUAACAAUGGGUUAUGGGAGCUCGGGUGGACUCGGAGAAUCCUCCUGCAGCUGUUCAGAGAGCCGAGGAUAGGACCGGAGACAUCGGACCGAGUCGAUGAGGGGGGGCCUGUCCGCUUUUGUGCUGCGUCUGACGGGCCGGUGUCUGGCAGCGAGCAUUUCACUGCGCAUAAAUGCGGUGAUAGAGAGAGAGAUAGGCCUUUAAAUGUUGAAAUUCGCUCUUUGUUGGACAUUAUGGUAGUGAAUCGAUUUCUUUCCAGUUCUGCUGAGUGGAUGGAGUGAGUAGCGCUAAAAGGGGGGAGACAGACUGCAGUUUGGUCGCGUGUGAUGAUAGGAGACACAAUGACGCUCUUGUCUCUUCUGGGUCGGAUCAUGCGUUAUUUUCUCCUCAGGCCUGAGACAUUGUUCCUGCUGUGCAUAAGCCUGGCACUGUGGAGCUAUUUCUUCCACACGGACGAGGUGAAAACCAUCGUCAAGUCCAGCCGGGACGCCGUGAAGAUGGUGAAGGGGAAAGUAGCGGAGAUAAUGCAGAAUGACCGGCUGGGAGGCCUGAACGUCCUGGAUGCAGAGUUUUCCAAAACCUGGGAGUUCAAGAACAACAACGUAGCCGUGUACUCCAUCCAGGGCAGGAGGGACCACAUGGAGGACCGCUUCGAGGUGCUCACAGACAUCACCAACAAGAGCCACCCGUCCAUAUUCGGGAUUUUUGACGGUCAUGGUGGAGAGGCUGCAGCGGACUAUGUAAAGGCCCACUUGCCUGACACACUGAAGCAGCAGCUGCAGGCCUUUGAGAGAGAAAAGAGAGAAAGUAGUCUCUCUUACGCCAGUAUCCUCGAGCAACGCAUCCUGAGUGUGGAUCGAGAGAUGCUGGACAAGCUCUCUGCCAACCACGAUGAAGCAGGAACAACGUGUCUUGUAGCGCUGCUCUCGGACAGAGAACUCACAGUGGCAAAUGUUGGAGACUCUCGGGGCGUGUUGUGUGACAAAGAUGGGAACGCUGUUGCACUAUCACAUGACCAUAAGCCGUAUCAGCUCAAAGAGAGGAAGAGGAUAAAGAGGGCAGGAGGUUUCAUCAGUUUUAAUGGAUCCUGGAGAGUCCAGGGAAUCCUGGCCAUGUCUCGCUCUCUAGGAGACUACCCUCUGAAAAACCUCAACGUAGUCAUCCCUGACCCUGACAUCAUGACCUUUGACCUGGAUAAACUACAGCCAGAGUUCAUGAUCCUGGCGUCUGACGGCCUGUGGGAUGCUUUCAGCAAUGAGGAGGCUGUACGGUUUGUCCGCGAGCGUCUCGACGAGCCUCACUUUGGCGCCAAGAGCAUCGUCCUGCAGUCGUUUUACCGUGGCUGCCCCGACAACAUCACUGUCAUGGUGGUGAAGUUUAAAAGUGGAGCUGGGGGGAGUAGCAAGGCAGGGGAGUAGAUC